AUGAAUCAAAUCUCCAAAAGAAAAAGAUAUAUUGAUGAGGAGAUUAAUGAGUGCAAAGCUGUAAAGAAGAAACUAUAUCCUCCAAAAAUUAAAGAUCCAGGAAGUUUUACCAUUCCUUGCAUUAUAGGGAAGGAAAAGAUAAGGAAAGCCCUACUUGAUUUAGGGUUAAGUGUCAAUUUAAUGCCUUUAUCUAUACUUGAGCGAAUUGGAGAUCUUAAAGUUAAGCCAACAGAGAUGAAUUUGCAAAUAGCAGAUGGAUCUUCAAAGGAGCCUUAUGGUGUAGUGGAAGAUGUUAUGGUUUGUGUAGGCAAAAUACAAUUCUUGGUGGAUUUUGUGGUGAUGGAGAUGGAGGAUGAAAGGAUUCCUGUUAUUCUUGGAAGACCGUUUAUGAAAAUGGCAAAGGUCAUCAUUGAUGUAGAUGAAGGAAUUAUAGUGCUUCAGGAUCAAGAAAAAAGGGUGGUUGUUGAUGUCUUCAAAGAAGAGUAG